GGGAGCGGCCGUCACAGCUAACGGACCGUGGAGCCGAUCGCAUUCUUCGUCUGUCGAACUGCGGCAUCACGUUCAAAGGUUCAUGGACUUCUGACUUGGCUCUUUAAACCCAGCAGACCUCCAGUCUAAGGCGCAGCGUUAUUUUCAUUUAACUGUUCUCCAUGAGAUUCUUCAGGCUUACCUUCAAGUGCUUCGUCGACUGCUUUUGAAUCUCCUCCGUCCACGGCUCUACUGACCGAGGCGCUUUGUGAAUUUUCCAUCUCUUGGCUGAGCUGAGUGAUAAUCACAAAAAACUGAGAUUUUUAUUUUUUAAUUCCAAGAAGGCGAAAUAACAAACUCAGAAAAUCCAAAAAAAAGAAAGAAAGAAAAAAAAAAUAGAAAAGAAAAGUGGAGCGGUGCUGCAUACUGUGGCUCCAUCCCUGUGUCUGCCUCCGUCAGCCCGCUGGGUGCCUUUGUAGUCAGGCAUUCAUAUCAAACUUCAACCGCUCCUGGCAGCCUGAUCUCAUUUUGCAACAAAAAACACAUAUUUUUCUGCUUUUCCCCCAACAAUAUGUCACCUGAAGUGGAAGAGAAGAGCCAAGUCUUUUCCUGUCCAGGUGACAUCAGCCUCCCCCAGCUGGAGGCAGGGACCCUGUCCGAGGAAGAGGGCAGUGGAUCGAUUCGCCCCCUGGUGCCUGUGCCCGGAGCAGGUUCAGGGUGUGGUGAUGGAGGAGGGGCUGGACCACCACAGAAUCAGGAUGGGGCUGUGGCUUCACACGGGAACGGGACUGUAGCAGUACCAGUGGUCGAGAGGGAAACCUGGACCAGACAGAUGGACUUCAUCAUGUCGUGCGUGGGUUUUGCAGUGGGCUUGGGCAACGUGUGGAGGUUCCCUUACCUCUGCUACAAGAAUGGAGGAGGGGUGUUCCUCAUCCCAUACUUACUGAUAGUGUUCAUCGGGGGCAUCCCAGUCUUCUUCCUUGAAAUUGCCCUGGGACAGUUCAUGAAGCAGGGAGGGGUCUCUGCCUGGAACAUCGCUCCCCUCUUCAAAGGGUUGGGGUUGGCCUCCAUGGUGAUUGUGUUCUUCUGUAACACAUACUACAUCAUGAUUUUGGUGUGGGGCCUCUACUUUCUUUUCCACUCCUUCACCAACCCACUGCCCUGGGCCACCUGUGGACACCCCUGGAACACCCCCAACUGUACACAGGACUUUCGCCGCACCUGCCAUAACCGCAGUGCUGUUCAGGCGGCUAUGACGUCACCUGCUGCUGCUCCUGUGACCCCCUCCAACCUCCUCUCCUCCACUCCACAGUUGAACCUGUCUUCGGCCCAUCUCCUCCUCAAUGGCACCUGCAUGGAGGCCGAAGGCAUGCGCUCCCCAGUCAUCGAGUUUUGGGAACGUAAAGUUCUCCGUCUGUCUGGCGGGCUUCAUGAGCCUGGUGAAAUCAGCUAUGAGAUGGUGCUGUGUCUUAUAGCCACUUGGAUCAUUGUUUACUUCUGCAUGUGGAAGGGAGUUAAAUCUACUGGCAAGGUAGUGUACUUCACAGCCCUGUUCCCUUACCUGGUUCUGGUGGUUCUUUUGGCCCAUGGUGUCACUCUGCCUGGAGCUUUAGAUGGGAUUGUGUAUUACCUAAAACCAGACUGGUCAAAACUCGGAGAAGCACAGGUGUGGAUCGACGCUGGCACUCAGAUUUUCUUCUCUUACGCCAUCGGACUGGGUGCUCUGACUGCACUGGGCAGCUACAACCGCUUCCAUAACAACUGUUACCAGGAUGCGUUCGUGCUGGCCCUCAUUAAUAGUGGAACCAGCUUUUUUGCAGGCUUUGUGGUGUUUUCUGUGCUGGGUUUCAUGGCUGCAGAGCAAGGAGUGGACAUCAGUAAGGUAGCUGAGAGUGGUCCAGGUCUGGCCUUUAUAGCCUAUCCCAAGGCUGUGACUCUGAUGCCUCUGGCGCCACUCUGGGCAGCACUUUUCUUCUUUAUGCUGCUCAUACUGGGUCUGGACAGCCAGUUUGUAGGGGUUGAAGGUUUAAUAACAGGAAUCAUGGACAUGCUACCCCCUAAAUCUGUCCUGGGAUCCCUGCGGCGAGAGGUGGUAGCAGCCAUCUGCUGCAUCAUCUGUUUCCUUAUUGACAUGUCUAUGGUGACAGAGGGAGGGAUGUAUGUCUUCCAGCUGUUUGACUACUACUCUGCCAGUGGUAUCACUCUGCUGUGGCAGGCCUUCUGGGAGUGUGUGGUGAUUGCAUGGGUCUAUGGUGCAGACCGUUUCAUGGACGACGUGGCUCGUAUGAUUGGCUACCAGCCUCUACCAUACAUGAAGUGGUGUUGGUCCUAUAUCACACCUUUUGUCUGUGUGGGAGUGUUCCUGUUCCACGUGGUGAACUACAAGCCCCUGACCUACAAUACUGUAUACACAUACCCCUUGUGGGGUGAAGCACUUGGCUGGGCACUGGCAUUGUCCUCCAUGCUCUGUAUCCCUGUAACUGUUCUCUACAAACUACUGCGCUGCAAAGGAUCUUUGCGGGAGCGAUGGCAGCACCUAACUACCCCAGUAUGGGGCAGACAUCACCUAGAGUACCUUGCCCCAGAGAGUGAGGCCAAACUGCUGCCCCCUGCAGGAACGAAGAACACGCUGCUCUUUGAGAGUGUCAUCUAAUGAGCCAAGCCCUACAAAACACAGAGCCAAAGUCGCCCUUUUACAUCAGCCUCAAACACAAAAAGACACACUAAGAAAAAUAAAUAACAAUGCAUGCACUCCACAGUGGCCUGGUAAGAGCGAAGUGCAGAUUAAUUACAUACCUUACAGUUUUAAACUAUGAAACAGCCCUGGCCAAAUGGACCAAAGAUGAGAUUGAAGAACUCAAACACACACACACCCAUAGAGUCCACAGCCAUCCCAGGCCAAUAUUACCCUUGCUCUGCUUUCUGACUCUACCUCGCUGACUCUCCCCUCUCUUUCUGCCCCCUGCCUUUGUGCUGUCCUGUCCUGUCUCGUUCUGUGGAGUGUCCAGUGUAGUUGCGAUAUCUUCCCUUUUCUUGCCUCUGUCUGGAUUUUGACGCCUCAUCCCUCAUAAGCUGUCAUGCAAAAAGAUUACGAUAAAACUUUCUAAUUGAAAGAUCUCAUAUUUGCUGCUGACAUGCCAUGAUCUGAGUGUGUGUAUGAACCUAUGUAUGUCUGUAUGUCUCAGUGUGCCUCUUUAUUUGUACAUGUGUGGAAGAAGGAGUGUUUGUUGAACCAUGGCAGUGGUGUUUCCAUUUUACAAUGCCUUCGGCCAUUGUUUUCUGCCAACAGUGUUCUCUUAAUCAGCUGUACAAAAAUAACUUCCAUUUGUAAAGAAAAAUCAAAAGUCGACAAUGUAUCACCACUUCCAGCUGUAUGUUAUGUACUAACUUAAAUAUCCAGUGUAUUGUAGGGUCUGUGAUCAGUAUUUCCACGUUAAGAGAAGAAGAUAAACUUUAGAUUGCAAUGUGCAAAAGGCAGGAGACAGAGAUAUGGGGAGGGGAAAGAGACUUGAAAACGUGAGGAAAGAAGCAAUAAAUGAACAGAUAAAGAUGGA